CCUAGGUUGGCCGGGUAUUCCGCCUGUGGUCGAGACCCCAUGAGCGCGGCGCCCCUGGUGGGCUACAGCAGCAGCGGCUCGGAGGAUGAAGCCGAGGCCGCCGCCGAAGGGCGGAGCAAGCCCGGGUCGGGGGGCCGCCGUUGUGGCCAGAACUCCCUCCCCACUCAGAGGUUCCCAGUACCUGACAGUGUGUUGAGCAUGUUCUCUAGCACAGAGGAGGGGCCUGAGGACGACAGUACAAAACACGGAGGACGCAUCAGAACCUUUCCUCAUGAGCGAGGCAACUGGGCCACGCACAUCUACAUACCAUAUGAAGCAAAGGAAGAGUUCCUGGAUCUGCUUGACAUGUUGCUGCCCCGAGCUCAGACAUUCGAGCCCCGAUUGGUGCGGAUGGAGGAGUUCCACCUCAGCCUGUCUCAGAGCGUGGUUCUCCGGCACCACUGGAUCCUCCCCUUUGUGCAGGUGCUCAAAGACCAUAUGGCCUCUUUCCAAAGGUUCUUUUUUACUGCCAACCAGGUAAAGAUUUAUACCAACCAAGAAAAAACCAGGACCUUCAUUGGGCUUGAGGUCAGCUCAGGACAUGCCCAGUUCCUGGACCUGGUUUCAGAGGUGGACAGAGUCAUGGAGGAAUUUGACCUCACUACCUUCUACCAGGACCCUUCAUUUCAUGUCAGUCUGGCCUGGUGUGUGGGUGAUGCACGUCUCCAGCUGGAGGGACAGUGCCUGCAGGAACUACAGAGCCUGGAGUCUUCAUGACCUGGGACCCUCUCAGUAUUGCCCAGUUUCCUGGAAUGGUGUUGUUUGUGGUGCCUGUGGAUCCAAUUCCCCUUAACGUGGCUGUCAUCUCCCUGCUGCUGACUGAAGGAAAUCGUGGAUGAGUUUGAAGACUCUGAGAUGCUGUUGCGUGUGCUGGCUGAGCAGGUCCGCUGCAAGUCCGGGAACAAAUUCUUCUCGAUGCCUUUGAAGUGAACCUUGUCCCGGGCGUCUCUAUAGGCCAGCUGAGAUGGAAGAGCCUGAUGCCAUCUGUGGGAUGACCCCAGCAAGAAGUCCUAAUCACACACUGAGCACUGUUCCGGUGGACUCCUCUCUCCUGGUUCUUUUGGGUUGGUAGGCUGCUGCUGUGGUGUGGUCAUUUCCAGAAAUCACCAGUAGAGGGCAGCCGGACCUCUAAUUCUUCUCUUCCUCUAGGAAAAGCAAAUGAGCACUGCUGGGGAGCCCACACACGUACUCAGUGAGUCCCCACUGAGGUCUCUCCACGGCAGUAAUCUAUAUUGAUGCCACUGGCCAUCACACCAGUUUUUAAAAGUCAUUGCGCCCUAACUCAUCUCUAGGCUGGGGGCUUCAGUGAGCCUGUCACCCUCCUUUUAAUCUCCUUAUUUACCACUUCUUCCCUUCACCCCACCCUGUGCCAGGAGAGGUCAUUUCAGGGCCAGGGCACAGGGCACUAAUUGUGGUCAGCGGCCGUUUUCUCCAUUCCAUCCUCCCACUUACCCAGCCGGGUGCCUGGGGAGAGCCCAGCAGAUGUUUCAUUUUGGCCUGACUAUGGCUGCCAGCCAGGCCUCCAACACCUAUGACCCCUGGUUUCCCCCUCAGCUUUCCUGAAGAAGCAGAGGCACCUUUCCUCCAGGCAAAAUACCACCCCCGCCCCACCCCCACCCCUGGGGCUGAGCAUUCUUAAGGGGUGGGAGGUGGAGAGGGCCAGGGAGACACAGGAGAGUUUAUUUUCCAUCAAGCUCUUAUCAGGGCAAAGAACCAGUCCUCUCCAGUUGUCACAGUGAUGGAUGAAGAAAUAUUUUUUUACAGUUUUAAAUUAUGUUCAGCAAAUAAAAUCUGUCUUUUUAA